GAUCGAACUGGAGGAAGCUAUUCCCUUAUCAAGUAUCCCGUAGCCACAACUUUGGAGGGAGAGAGCGUGACGAAAACUUUUUUUGUGCUAUGCUCCUUCCCAUAUAAUUAUUCCCCCCAGAAACCAGAGAACAACAACAAUGGAGAAGCGAAUGUGGUUCCUCAUCAUCGGCGUACUCGUAACGUGUCUCUGUAUCCAAGUGAGAUCAGACGCCUCCGAUCAUCGCUAUCAAUCCUCCGACCCCGUCCCUCUCUACUCUAACAAGGUCGGUCCCUUUCACAAUCCCAGUGAAACAUACCGAUAUUUCGACCUUCCCUUCUGUUUUCCAGAUCAUAUGAAAGAGAAGAAGGAAGCCUUGGGUGAGGUGUUGAAUGGGGAUCGUCUUGUCAGUGCACCUUAUACACUUGACUUCUUAGUUGAUAAAGAUUCUGAAGUUGUUUGCAGAAAGAGGCUGACAAAGGAAGAAGUUGCUCAGUUCCGAACUGCAGUCUUGAAAGACUAUUACUUCCAGAUGUACUAUGAUGACUUGCCCAUUUGGGGUUUCAUGGGAAAGGUUGACAGGGAAGGCAGAUCUGACCCAAAUGAUUACAAAUACUUCCUUUUCAAGCAUAUCCAUUUUGAUAUACUGUACAAUAAGGACCGUGUGAUUGAGGUCAGUGCUCGAAUGGAUCCUCAUUCUGUUGUUGACCUGACAGAGGACAAGGAAGUUGAUGUCGAGUUCACUUAUACAGUGAAAUGGAAGGAAACAAACAUUCCGUUCGAGAAUAGGAUGGAAAAAUUCUCUCAGACUUCUUCUUUACCGCAUCACUUAGAGAUUCAUUGGUUUUCAAUUGUAAACUCAUGCGUCACAGUUCUCCUCUUAACUGGUUUUCUUGCAACGAUUCUCAUGCGGGUCCUCAAGAAUGAUUUUAUCAGGUAUGCACAUGAUGAGGAGUCAGCUGAUGACCAAGAGGAGACAGGAUGGAAGUAUAUUCAUGGUGAUGUAUUUCGAUUCCCGAAACAUAAAUCUUUAUUUGCUGCAGCCCUAGGUUCUGGCACCCAGCUGUUUACUCUUACAGUAUUUAUUUUUCUGCUUGCAUUGGUGGGUGUAUUUUAUCCAUACAACCGAGGAGCUCUAUUUACUGCACUGGUGGUCAUAUAUGCACUCACUUCAGGAAUUGCAGGUUAUGUAGCAACCUCUUUCUAUUGUCAGCUUGAAGGGACCAACUGGGUGAGAAAUUUGUUGCUGACGGGAUCCCUUUUCUGUGGGCCUCUGUUUCUCACAUUCUGCUUCCUUAACACUGUUGCUAUUGUAUACAGUUCUACUGCAGCACUGCCUUUUGGGACGAUUGUGGUAAUAGUUCUGAUAUGGAUGUUAGUGACAUCGCCCUUGCUUGUGUUGGGUGGGAUUGCUGGGAAAAAUAGCAAAACUGAUUUCCAAGCUCCAUGCCGCACCACAAAGUAUCCUAGAGAAAUUCCACAGUUGCCGUGGUACAGGAGUACUGUUCCUCAGAUGGCCAUGGCAGGGUUUUUGCCUUUCAGUGCUAUCUACAUUGAACUUUACUACAUAUUUGCUAGUGUGUGGGGUCACAGAAUUUACACAAUAUACAGCAUCCUGUUUAUUGUCUUCAUUAUCCUUUUGAUCGUAACUGCUUUCAUUACUGUGGCAUUGAUAUACUUUCAGCUUGCUGCUGAAGAUCAUGAAUGGUGGUGGAGGUCUUUUCUUUGCGGUGGAUCAACUGGCUUAUUCAUCUAUGGCUACAGCUUGUAUUACUACCAUGCAAGAUCAGACAUGUCUGGCUUCAUGCAAACUUCAUUUUUCUUUGGGUACAUGGCAUGCAUUUGUUAUGGGUUUUUUCUCAUGCUUGGGGCUGUUGGUUUCCGGGCUGCUUUGCUCUUUGUUCGCCACAUAUACCGGUCUAUCAAGUGCGAGUAGUGUGUUGGUCUUUAAGGUGUACUCUCUCUCUCUCUAUUCGUCUUCUAUUUUUUGUCAUAGAGAAGGGUUCCUGUUUUUGGCUAGAAGGUAGUCUGCAAAGUACCUCUCACUUCGAGAAGGUUCUACGGAUGGGAGUUCUCAUUUUUGAUAGGAUCCACUCAGUUCUUUCUUUUAUUGUUACACAUACCUUCAGUUCCUGGAAAAUGAAUUUUGAUUCCUUAUGUAAUAUAAGCUUUAAGUUGCCCACAAUGAAAUCCCUUUAUUGAUUUGCUGAAUAAAUAAUAAAUUCUCUUACAUGUGGUUCA